UAAUAAACAACGUCAACCACAUAGACUCAAAAAGUGUACAAUAACAAUAUACCAUCCGUACUGUGAAUUAUAUUUUACAUUCUUCUGUUUUUGCUGAUUACAUGUUCAUAUUUUUUGCCGACAUCAUCCGAUUAUUGGCUGACAAACAACGAAAUAAAUAAAAUGGAAAAUUUAUCUAAACCUACAUUAAGAAUACUAUAUGAACAUUGCGUGAACUGGGUCGGUACACACCUAGAACGAAUAACAGAGAUAGAAGCUUCAAUAAAAUGUAUAUCGUACUUUUUAGCCGGUCGAAGCAACAACUCGACGUUACUCUCCGAACUUAUAUAUUCCAUAUCCAACUUCAUGAUGUUAUUUAACGAUCAAAUCAUACUAAGUGCCACCAAAUCUAGUAAUUUAUUAACAGUCAGUGAUAAAGGGAAGAAAAAAAUAUUUAGCAAUGAAAAUAUCAAGUGUUUCAUUACCAUUGUGGAUUUUAUUGAAGUGUUCGAAUUUGCUAUAAAACCAUGUGGCAACAAAAAAGCAUGGAUUAUAAUUCUACUCCUGCAGACUGCGAAAUGCGUGGCAGGCCUGUACCUUUUGCAUGUGCAAAAGCUAAUACUCGAAUCGCCCCCUACAAAAUUGUUCGAUCUAAAAUCUUAUCGACUCAACGGCAUUCCCGUCAGCACUCUUAGUUACGAACACAUCGUGGCGGAGACGAUGUAUAUAAUAGAACCAAUUAUUCUCUUGGGCAGUAUGUUUGUUUUUGGUGAGAAAUCAUUUAUACCUUCGUCGAUUUCCUUAACAAUUAAAUAUAUCAGUCUGCAGAGCUUAAAGGCUUUGGAAAAUCUAACACCUCAACAACGUUUGGUGUUGUCAAAUCGAUCAUCCUGCUGGGUCACACUAUUUUACCAAAAUAUCAUUCUUUUGUCUAUUAAAAUUGUUCGUAACUUUUUCUUUUGUAAAGUGAAUACUUAAAUACAAUGUUCAAUGCAAUGAACCAAUGAGAGUAAAUAUACGUCAUUUGAUACAC